UGCGGCCGACGGCCCGUCCACGCGCGAGGCCUCGCCCAUGCCUGAUGCCAGCGCAGACGGCGCCGCGACGCCGGGCAAGCGCAAGCUGCGCAGCAGUGCGGCCGGCGCAGGCAGCAGCAGCGCCGCCGGUGCCAGCGGCAGCAGCAGCAAACGCUCGCGUGCCGCCGCCGCUGCAUCGGCGGCCGAGCGACACACCCCGCCGAGCACGCGCCUGCGCGACCUCGGCGGCGUCGGCGGCGCCAUCGAAAAGGUGCUCGAGCUCAUCGCCAUGCCGCUCUGCCAUCCGGAGAUCUACGCGCACACGGGCGUCAAGCCGCCGCGCGGCGUGCUGCUGCACGGCCCGCCCGGCUGCGGCAAGACGAUGCUCGCCGGAGCCAUUGCGGGCGACCUCUCCAUUCCGUUCCUCUCCGUUUCGGCGCCCUCGAUCGUCUCGGGCACGUCGGGCGAGUCCGAGGCGACGCUGCGGCAGCUCUUCGACGACGCCGCCAAGCUGGCGCCGUGCAUUCUCUUCAUCGACGAGAUCGACGCCAUCACGCCCAAGCGCGAGACGGCGCAGCGUGAGAUGGAGCGCCGCAUCGUCGCGCAGAGAACAGUGAGUGGCACACAGCAGCAGAGGGAGAGAGAGCGCAGCACAGCGCGCUCGUAUGAUGAAAGAAAAC